AUGUAUUCAUACUCAAAAUAUGGGACGCGUUCUUUUAAUUCAGCAAGCAAUACACAUAACGAGACUUCAAGAGUCCAAAAGAGUCUGUCCUCUAACGAUAGUUCAACAUCAGCCAACAAAAAACAAAGAUCAUCUGAAAACGAUUACUCCAAUCACUACGUUCACUCUCGGACAAUUUCAACUCGCUACAUUAGAAAUGCCCAAAAUCCUAUGGAAGGAUAUCCAAAGUUGCAAAGGUUGAAAGAGCUCAAAGCAAAACAAGUCAGCAACCAUGCAACAACGCCAUUUGGAGUUAGAAUCGAAGCAAACCAGAUGGUACCAACCUUGAAUAAAUGGGUGAAUGAUUACGGUUUGCAGUUUGAUGUCAUCAUGAUCGGUGCUUUAGUGGAAAACCAAUUUUUGUUGCCGCUCUUGAAUCUGCUUCCCCUCUAUAAGUUAUGCGCCAAGCCAGGUUUCUUGUUUAUAUGGUCCACAUCGGCCAACAUUAAGCAGUUGACGGGUUUACUCAAUGGAGAUAGAUGGAACAAGAAAUUCAGAAGGUCCGAAGAAUUAGUAUUUGUACCUAUCGAGGAGAAUAGUCCCUUGUUUCCAAGUGGAGUGAACGAUGGUUUCCAUCCUGACCACGGCAAAAAUGGAAAUGGGCAAUCGUUGAUGCGCCGUAAUCAAUGGCAUUGCUGGAUGUGCAUCACCGGAACCGUAAGAAGAUCUACCGAUAGUGAACUUAUCCACUGCAAUGUGGACACCGAUUUACAAAUCGAAUCUCCGGCGUCUUCGCCUACGGUGUACAGUAAUGCUGUACCUGAAUCAAUUUACAAAGUGGCUGAGAAUUUUUCCAACUCCAACAGAAGGCUUCACAUCGUGCCCUGUAGAACGGGCUACAAAUUACCAGUGAAGUUGAGGAAAGGCUGGGUGAUUAUGCUGCCUGAUGUUUUGGUAAACAACUUUGAUCCUAUUGAAUACGAAACCCAGUUGCACAGCAAGUCUUACAUGAAGUACAAAAAUUCGGCCAAUGGACAGCAGAAGCAACCACAAUACUUAGUGCCGCAGACGUCCGAAAUCGACUCGUUAAGGCCAAAAAGUCCUAACUAG